AUGGUUCGCUUCGUGACACCUUUGCUCCUGGCCUCACUGUCAGUGACCGCCUUCGCCGCGCAAAAGUGCAGCUCUAGCAGCCAGUGCAAGGAGGAGAAAUACCCCUGCUGCUCCCAAUAUGGUGAGUGUGGUACUGGCGCCUACUGCCUCGGCGGUUGCGACCCUCUGGCCUCGUUCACUCUCGAUUCCUGCGCCCCUAUGCCCGUUUGCGAGAGCAAGACUUACACCUGGGACAACCUCGACAAUGCCGUCACCCAGGACAAGUACCUUGGUAACGCCAGCGCUGCCGACUGGACCUACAGUGGAAAGGUUAAGACCGAGGAUGGCAAUCUGAUCAUGACCAUGCCUGCCAAGAGUGUCGGUACUCUCUUCGCCAACAACCACUACAUCUGGUACGGCAAGAUUUCCGGAAAGUUCAAGAGCUCCCGCGGCAAGGGUGUCGUGACUGCUUUCAUUCUUCUGUCCGAUGUUAAGGACGAGAUCGACUACGAGUGGGUCGGUGCUGAUCUGACCGCCGUGCAGACCAACUACUACUGGCAGGGUGUUCUGGACUGGCACAACAGCGGCAACAUCUCCGUGGAUGGCGGGGACACCUUCAAUGACUGGCACACCUACGAGAUCGACUGGACACCCGAGAAGGUGGACUGGAUCGUCGAUGGCUCCGUGCACCGCACCCUGAAGAAGGCCGACACCUACAACGAGACCUCCAAGCAGUACGAGUUCCCCCAGACACCCGCCCGCCUUCAAAUGUCUCUCUGGCCCGCCGGCCAGCCCAGCAACGCCCAGGGCACCAUCGACUGGGCCGGCGGUGAGAUCGACUGGAACAGCGAGGACAUCCAGAAAGUCGGCUACGACUAUGCCACCGUCGGCGAGGUCAGCGUGAAGUGCUACGAUGCUCCUUCCGAUGCCAAGAAGAGCGGCGACAAGGCUUACAUCUACGCCAAGUCCGCGGCCAUGGAGAGCGAUAUCUCCAUCACCGACGAUUCCACCGUCCUUGCCUCCCUCGGCGCCACCGGUCUUGACAUGGAUCUCGGCGCCGAUAAGUCCAGUUCUUCGUCCAGCUCUGCGUCCAACAGCAUCCCCACCGGCUCCGGCGGCUCCGGUGGCAUGGCCGGUAACAACACUUCCUCUGGUAGUUCCAGCUCCAGCUCUGGCACUUCCACCACCGAUGGCUCGGAGACUUCCACUUCGGGCUUCACGCAGGGAUCUCCUACCCAGGACAGCGGUGCGGCCGGCCAGAACGAGCGUGUCCUCCGUGGCUCACUCUUCGGUGUCCUGGUGGCUCUUGUUGUCCUUGUGACACUGUAA